CGAUAACGUAAAUACUGCUUACAUCUUUAUUUUGCCAGCCGAUUUCAGGAUUGUUUUGUUUUGUUUCUUAAAACUAAUUUUUAUUAAUUUUUGUUGAAUUUAUUUAUAAAACAAUAUGUUAAUGUGUAGACAAAUAUUCAACAAGUGUCAAGUGUUUCCGUUACUCAACGUUUCAAACCGGAAACUGAGCACCUAUCAGGAGAAAGAUGGUGUAGGUCACAUAGUGCUGGACAACGAAAAAACUCGUAACUCGUUGUCGCUAGACAUGAUGGAUAGCAUUCUCGGGAACAUUGUUGCUCACCAGGAUAAUCCUGCGAUUCGGUGUUUUGUUCUCUCGGCAAAAGGUCGUGUAUUCUCAGCCGGCCACAACCUCAAGGAACUAACACCCGACAAAGGUUCCGACUUUCACAAACAAGUGUUUGCCAAGUGCACGGAACUCAUUGGGACGAUUCUCAGGUCACCAGUGCCGGUGAUAGCUCGGGUUGAUGGGCUCGCAGCGGCUGCUGGAUGUCAACUGGUUGCAUCCUGCGAUAUGCUUGUAUGUAGUGAUCGAAGCUCCUUUUCGACUCCCGGGGCUUCGUUCGGGAUAUUUUGCUCUACACCGGGAAUUGCCGUUGCUAGAGCAAUUCCUCGUAUGAAAGCUUCCUACAUGCUUUUUACCGGUCUUCCGAUAAGUGCUGAAGAAGCCCUGACGGCGGGUAUGGUUAGUAAAGUGGUUCCAGCAGAACAAUUGGAUCAGGAAAUUGAAACGAUCUGCAAUGCCAUCAAAUCAAAAAGUAGGGCUGUGAUUGGUUUGGGUAAAAAGUUUUUCUAUGAGCAGCUGGCACUGGAUAUAAAUGCUGCCUAUGAACGCGGGGAGCACGUGAUGACCGAUAACCUGGCUACGGUCGAUGGUCAGGAAGGGAUUCGGAGCUUCGUUGAAAAACGGAAAGCAUCGUGGAAGCAUCAGUAGUACGCGCAAAGGUAAGUUGCGAUUGGUUUCUUCAAAUUUAUACCUGCAUUUAUUAGUCUUUGGAAAAGAUAUUUCUGUAAAUUAGAUAUUUUGAUUUAGUAUCUAGAACUGAGCAAACUAUGUUUCAUAUUUUUGAUUCCUAAUGCGAAACUCUAUAUUCUCACAUUAAACAAUUUGUUGUUAUUUAC